AUCUGAUCUGAUGUUUGUAGAAGAUUUUUUGCGUUUCAUGUCUUUUUUUAUUCCAAGAUAAUCAUAAUAAAAUAAAAAAUACUGGAGGAUACAUCACCCGAAGACGUCAGGUAACUUCAAGAAACGAGCUGUAGUUUAUCGAGUUUACAUAUACGGAAAUAUACACACGCAAUAGUUGGACUUUUAUAAUUUAAUUGUCAUUUUUAUGUAAUGAUAAUGACAGUGACAUAGAAAAUUUAUGACAGCAGGAUGAUCUGUGUGACGUUAUUUGAGCUGAUAAACUUUUAAAAUUCGCUGUCAUUGAUAAUGAAAGUGGUUACUAUUAACGGAUGACAUUGUUGUCUGACUUUUGUUAUUAUUGUUGUUUGUAACUGUAAGUAGCGAUAUAAAAAAAAUUUCUAAAUACUUUUGAGGAGAAAUUUCACAAUCAGUGAGAUCACCGUCAAGGUGAACGAACAAGAAAACUGUGUUCAUUAAUGGAGUAAUAACAGUAAUAAUUUUUUAACAAUAAAACAGAGACUGAUGAAAAGAGAGUGAAAUAUUUAAAAAAAAUUUUAAAGACAGUUCAAAUUUUCUGGUCAACUCGUUUUUUUAAAUUUUAAAUGCGAUGGAGGAUUACAAGUUUUUAUUUAAAGUUGUACUCGUUGGUAAUGCUGGUGUUGGAAAAACUUGUCUAGUUCGUCGAUUUACUCAGGGUUUGUUCCCACCAGGACAAGGUGCUACUAUUGGAGUAGAUUUCAUGAUAAAGACUGUGGAAGUAGAGAAUGAGAAAGUUAAGUUACAAAUUUGGGAUACUGCAGGCCAAGAACGAUUCAGAUCUAUAACCCAGAGCUAUUAUAGAUCAGCUCAUGCUCUUAUUCUAGUGUACGAUAUUUCUUGUCAACCGACAUUCGAUUGUCUGCCUGACUGGCUAAGAGAAAUUGAAGAGUACGCAAGCAAUAAAGUACUGAGGAUACUUGUUGGCAAUAAAAUUGAUCGUGAAGACAGAGAAAUUCCUACUCAUGUAGGCGAAGAUUUUGCUCAAAGACACGGGAUGUAUUUUUUGGAGACUUCUGCUAAAGAGGCUGAGAAUGUUGAAAGAUUAUUUAUGGAAAUAGCGGCUGAGCUUAUGGAGCAAGCUCGAAGUAAAGAAUUACCGAGAUACGAGACGAACGCAACUUCAAUUAACGGAAAAACAACGUCAAUUGGUGACAACGGUAGCUGUACGUGUAGUAGAUUUUCUUAAUUACUAAAGAAAAUAAUAAAUUUUAAAUUAAAACGAAGGGUAAGAAUUUAUUUUUCAUUCCAUAAAUAUUGGAGACUUUUAUUCUUCAAUGUAUUUACAAAAAUAACGACUCUUCGAUUAAUUUGACCAACAAAUUACAAUACAAGUGAUAUUAUUUUCAAGCUCAAUAGUCAUUUUUUCAUGUCUAGAAUUUUUUAGCCAACAGUAAGAUAAAUAUUUGUGGAGGUCGUAGUUUUGUGUGAAUUAGCAAAAAAAAAAAUGAAAUAUAAUUAGUUUUUUAUAUUGACCAGACCAUACAUUUACCUCCUUGAGACCAGUGAACUCCAUCGAGAUUAAAAAUAAUUUAUUUUAUUUAAAUUUUGACAGCGACUGUCUUGAAAAUAACGCCUGCGAUAUCUUGUAUUUCUGAAUUGUCUACUUCCGUUUGCGUUUUGGCAAGCGCUGAAUCUAGAUAACGAGUAUCUAGUUUUUAAUUUACGGUCAAUAUCGAUACUCAUUUUAUUAUUUUUUGAAUUUUCAGUUAAAUAUUCAUUAUUAUUGUCCCAAUUAUUGCGCAUGCUUAAUUAAUUAAUUAUGUUAAGAGCCAUUCUCAGUGCCUCCACUUAUUAAAAAUAUUGAAUUACUUUCAACUGUCAUAGCCGUAUUAAAAUAUAAUUAAUUAAUUUCAAAAAGAAGUUAAAGCAUUUAUUGAAAGAAGGAAAAUUUCGCCAAGGUAUAGAUUAAAAAAAAAUAAUUUAUAUUGUAACCGCGUUGUUUUUUUUUUCAAUUAAUAUUAUGACUGUUUUUUAAUUAAUUAAAUUUUUGAUAUGGUUACAACACUUCAAGGUCAUUAAAUAUUUAUAAAAAGUGGGAGUUAUUAUCUGAGAAUUACCUUAAUUAUAUAAGUUGAUUGCUUAAAAAAUAUUUGUUUACGAUAAGCGAUCG